AUGGGAAGAAAAUCUACCACUUCAUCAAUUUUAGAAGAAAAGCCUGUAAACAAAAAUAGCGGAGUUGUAAGUAAUAUGAAGGAUGCCCUUAUGAAUGAUAAGAAACAAGGAGGAUCUAAAUUAAAUGAGAAGAAAGGAAGCAGAGCUACCGAAUUAUCAAGUAAUGCUCAUAUGAAUGGAAAUAUUCAAAAGAAGAAAGAAGAUAAUGAAUUAGAAAAUAAUAAGAAAUCUGUACAUAUGAAUAAUGUAGAAGAAAAUUGUAUUAUUAAAAGUAAGGAUGCGGUUAAAGGAGGAGAAGAAAAAAAUGAAGGACAAGCUAAGAAAAAGAAUAAUAAUAAUAAUAAGAAGAAAGCUACAAAAGAAAAUGACAUGAACCAAACAAAUGAAUCUGGAAAUACAAAUGAAGACAAAAAGAAAGGAAAUGAAAAAAAUAAAGGAUCAAAUAAUAAGAAAUAUGUAGGAAAUAAGGAUGAAAAUAAUAAAGUCGAAUUAAACGAAUUAACAAAAAAUAAUAACAACACAAAUGCUAUUAACAGUAAUAAUAAUAAGAAAAAAAAUAACAACAAAAAUAAAAAUAACAACAACAAUAAUAAUAAUAAUAACAAUAAUAAUAAUAAUAAUAACAAUAAUAACAACAAUAAUAGCAACAACAAUAAUAACAAUAAUAACAAUAACAGUGAUGUAAAGAAAGACUGGAAAAAAGAAAUCAAAUUAAAAGAAGAUGAAAGAAAAAAAGCAGAAAAUGAUCUUAAUAAAAAAUUUGCUAAAAUUAACAAAUCAGAUAAUUAUAAAAAUAUUAAUGAUAGAAAAGAAGCUGAAAUGAAAAAGAAAACAGAAAUAGAAAAUCUUAUCAGUACUAUUAAUUCAACUAUAUCUAGAUUUAAUGGUCAAACUACAAGACCAAUAAAUAUGAAAUUAUCAUCAGCUGAUAUGGAGAAUAAAUGUAAAGAUGCCAAAUCUAAAAAGAAAAAAAUAAAUCCAAAGAAUUUAGAAGAAAUUGAAGAAGCAAAUACAUAUAUUAAUUAUUUAGAAGAACAAUUAAGUAUUACUAAAAAUUAUGAGAAUUUUAAAAAUUUUCAAAAUAGAUUAAUAAAUUUAAGAAAAACAUGUGAAGAGAAAUUAAAAGAAAAUUUAAAAAGUAUGAAUGAAACGAAAGUUCAAGAAAAGAAAUUAAGAUUUGUAGAUAAAAUUAUUAAAAUGAAAAAAGAAAAACAAAAUGUUGAUAUAUCAGAAGCAGAUAUUAUAAGAAAAGAUUAUGCUAUUGCAACAGAUACAUAUAAUAUUUUAUUAAGACCAUAUAAUUUUCUUAAUCGUAUCCAAACUAAAUAUUUUGUAUAUGUAGAUAAUAAAUUAUCUUCAACAAGUAAUAAUAAUAUGAACAACAAUAAUAAUUUAAAUAAUAAUAAUAAUAAUAAUAAUAUGAAUAAUAUGAAUAAUAACACCGUCGGUUUUAGUUCUUAUGAUAAUAAAACAAAUUUACAUAUUGCUGGAUGUAAAGAAGAUAUCGAACAAUUUAUUUUUUACUUACAAAAUGUAGAUUUUAAUUCAGAAAAUAAAAAUUUUGUAAAUCUAAGUAAUAAAAUUUUUAAAAUUAUGCUUAAUAUGUAUGAUGGUAGUUUUAAAAGAAUGGAAGAAGAUACAAAUGUAUUCGUUCAUGUGGAUAAUGAUAUAUUAUAUUAUUGUGGUAUGAAAAAUGAUAUUGAGAAUUUAAAAGAAUUAAUAGAAAAAGCAACAAAUAACGAAAAAAAUUUAGCUAGUAAAAAUAUUUCCAAAAAUAUUAAAUUAGAUUCUAUACUAGCCAGAGGAUUUAAUAAAAGUAUCUUAAAAGAAAUAGAAACAAAAACAAACACAUUGAUCAGAAUGAAUUAUGAUGCAAAAACAUUUGAUGCAUCAGCUACUAUUAAAGGUAGUAAAGAUAGUGAUAUUGAAGAAGCAGAAGAAAAAUUAAAUGAAAUAUUAAAAAAUCUAGACACAGAAUUUGUUCCUUUUGAAGAAAAAGAAAUCUUUUCUUUAUAUAAAAAAUGCUCCUAUGAAUUAAAUGAAAUACGUAAAAAUUUAAAUCUAUUUAUAAUACGUCAAGAUAAUGGUUUAAGCUUAGUAGGAAAAAAAGAUAAUAUAACAAAAGCUUUAGAAAUUUUAGAAUAUUCUAAAAAUAUUAUAUCCAACAAAACUGUAAAAAAAAAACUAACAGAAGAAGAAGCUUUCUUGUUUAAUUCUAAUUAUAGAGGACAAAUCAAAGCAAAAACAGGAGCAGAAGUUAAAAUAUUUAAUAAAACAAAUCACAAAGAAUUAAAUAUAAGUGGAAAUAAAAAUGAUAUAGAUAAAGCAUUAGAAAUGAUUGAAGAAUUAUUAAAAAAAAGAAAAUCUACACAAGUAGAUAUUAACGAAAAAGUUAUAGCAUUAUUAUUAUCAUCUAAAGCACAAAAAAUUAAAGAUAUUGAAAAAGAUACAUGUACAAGUAUACAAAUUAAUAAAACUAGUCAUGUAGCACAAAUAUAUGGACAUGAAGAUAAUAUACAUCUAGCUAAAGAUGUUUUAGAAAAUUUAGUUCAAUCAGAAACUAAAGAAGGUAAAGAAGGAAAAUUCAUACCAAAUAAUUUAUAUGUCACUGUAGAAAUGAAUGUAGAAACUGAACAUAUUGGUAGUGUUAUUGGUAAAAAAGGUAGAACAAUAAAUAAAAUACAAGAAGAUACCUUUGCCAAAAAAAUACAUAUUGAUAAAGAAAAUAAAAAAAUCUAUAUACAUGGAACACAAAAAACAGUAGAUGCAGCACAAAAGGAAAUACAAAAAAUUCUAAAUAGAAGCAAAGAAGAAAGUGCAAAUAAUAAUAAUAAUAGUAGUAGUACAAAUGGUGCAUUAAAUAAUUCUUAUCAUGAAUCAAGAUAUAAUAAUAAUAGACAUUCUAAUAAUUCUUCAUCUGCACAUCAUAGAAAAUCUCAUAAAAGUACAUCCAGAUCUGCUCCUAGAUCUAGUCAUAAAUCAGAAUCAAAAACGAAAGGUGUCUAUAUUAAUACAAAUGAUGAAAAAGCUUUUCCAAGUCUCCAUGAUGUAACCAAUAUGCAAUCAAGAAAAAGCAAAAGGCUAUCACAAAUUAAUCAAGCACCUACUAGUACAAAGAAAAAUGAACAAGUAUCACAAACAGACAAGGAACCAAACAAAAAUGAAGAAGACAAAGACAAUCAACAACAAAAUGAUGUGAAUGUAGAAGAAGAUGUAACAAAAAAUGAGACACAAGAAAAAGAAGAAGAACAACAACAAGAAACACAAAACGACAAACAGGAAGAAAAUGAAGAAGUAGAACAAACAGAAAAGGAGCAACAAGAAAAAGAGACAGAACAAGAACAAGAACAAGAAGAACAAAUAAAAAAAGAAUCAAAUGAAUCUAAUGAAAAUUAA